AGUGGAACUUAAGUGUGUUUAUGAGGUGAUGUAAUCAAAGAAUGGUUAAAGCUUGUAACUUUAAUUGCAAAAGUGUAAAUCUUGUUAUGUUUGGUUUGCUUGUUAUAUUGGUCCCUAACCAGAUCGAAGCAUACCUCGCCUUGGAGUCUACCAAGAAGAUGGCUGGAAACUUCGGGACUUACGAGUCUGCGUUUCUAAGUGUUGCCAAUGCAGAUAAGCUUAAAGAACUGAGACGCUCAAGACCAAGAAAACCUAGACCAUCUAUUCAUGGUCCACCUGCUAAAGGGCCAACGCUAGAAAACCAAAAGAAGAUUGGUCUUUGGGCUCUGAAGCUACCUUCUGCUGAUGCAGUAGUUGUUCGUAGAACACUCACCACUCUAACGGAGAAGCCGCAUGGUCUCCCUGGGGUUAACGAGAGUCCUGAGCGGAUACAAAAGAGAGAAUCGUUCUGGUCAGCGAUCAAGCCGGCUCACUUCGGUGUGAAGAUAACAUCCAAAUCACUCUUUGGUAUAUUUAGAUACGUGACUCUCGGUGUCUCUCUCGGUCUGCUCUCCAAGUUCUCCUUCGGGAGAUGGCUUCUACUGAAGUUCCCUUCGGUUUUUAGCCUCGGCUGGUUCCAGAAGAAAGGUCCGAGCGAAGAAGAGGUGGAGAGCGCUACGUUUAAGAUGUGGUUCAUAGGUCGUGGCUACAGCGACGAGAGUCUUGUCUCGGAAGGGAAGACGAAGCCUGACAUGGAGAUUAUCACGAGAAUCUCGGGACCUGAGAUUGGGUAAACCACACCGAUAGCACUUGUUCAGUGCGGUUUGAUAGUCUUGGGACAGCGGGAAAGCCUAGUUAAAGGAGGUGUCUACACGCCAGGGAUUGUGUUUGGUUCAACGGAUAUCCAGCAGCGACUUGAAGACAAUGGCAUAUCCUUUGAAGUCAUUUCAAAGAACAAGAUCCAAGACUAGAAAGUGAUCAUGUUCCUCUUCUCAUGCUUUUCUCAAAUUAUGUUUAGCUUGUCUACGAACUUCACAGACAGUUUAGUCUUUAAGUUGUAAUAAAAAAAUGAAAUCUUUACUCAGUAAA